GUCCACUUUUGGUACUAAAAUAUUGAAUCCUUUUCCCUGCUAUCAUCCGACACAACAUCUAUUCAAAAAGACGUUCAUUUAAUGACGAAAAUCAUGUACCUGUAAUACAGGACGACAAAAGUUUGAAAUACUUAGUAAAAAAUUAAUUCUACUUUUCGUAUCAUCGAGUAACGCUACUAUUAAACAUGGAUAAAAGAAAGAUGUCGACAGCAGGAGAUUCCCUGUAUCAAAUAUUAGAAAUUCCAAAAACUGCCACUCCUGAAGAAAUUAAAAGGACUUAUAGAAAGUUAGCAUUAAAAUAUCAUCCUGAUAAAAAUCCAAAUAAUCCAGAAGCGGCAGAUAAGUUUAAAGAAAUAAAUAGAGCACAUGCUAUAUUAACAGAUUUAACUAAGAGAAAUAUAUAUGAUAAUUAUGGAUCUCUUGGAUUAUAUGUUGCGGAACAAUUUGGUGAAGAAAAUGUUAAUGCAUAUUUUGUAGUCACUUCUGGUUGGUGCAAAGCACUCUUCAUAUUUUGUAGUCUGAUAACUGCAUGUUAUUGCUGUUGUUGCUGCUGUUGUUGUUGCAACUUUUGCUGUGGCAAAUUUAAGCCAACACCACCAGAAGAUAGUGGAGAAUACCACAAUUUACAGCGGAACCAGAACCCAGAGGCAAAUGUCGUGAUGAAUCAGCCCAGAGGCCUGGUUAAGGAAGAGGAGAGUGAUGACGAUGCGAUUACAGCACAGCCACAGGGUGGUCCGCAAAAUAAUUCGACAAAUCAACAACCCAUUUUCGCCAUGCCUCCACCAGCCAUGAGCCAACCGAUCACUACCGUCGAUGAGAAUACAAAUUUGAACAGGGGUGCUGAAAGAGUUAUUUACACAACUG